AUGUACGACCUCGCUUUUUCCGGCAAGCUCGUCUUCUUCACGCCUCACUCUCUAACAUCGCUGCACUGCAGCAAUUCACCCGCUACCGUGCUUUACGGCCAUUCUUGCGAGGCUUUCACUUUCUUCGUCUGCUGUUGGGUUGUCGGGUAGACUACUGCUGUACACGGCUCGGCGACAGGCUAUUGUGCUGUAUUGAGUUGUACGAAAUCGUAAGCCGCACACCAUUGCCCUUGAUGAGUUGGUUUCAUUCUCCCCUGCUCGUUGGAAUGGUCGGUGCGGUUUCUGGAACUGGUAACGCUCUCGUUGCAGCACCCGCUUGGUGAUUCUUGUAUCGUCGAAGAGCUAUCAGCGCUACAAUUUCACUGACGCUGCAGUGCUUGACAAUACUCACCGGCACCGCGUACGACGCAGGGCACUCCUGCCGCUUAAGCAGAUCGGCACCGAUGCGCGACGACUUGCUGCUCGAAUCGUGCCGCGCUUCGGACUUGUUCGCCCCGUGACGCCAUGACCGCUUUGGCCUAGUCGGCCGCGGUGACGUCGCCUCCGUGGGAAUACUUCCAGAGGACGAGGGCACCAAUCGGAGGCGUAAUUUGCAAGGGUGGUGGCGGUAUCCUUGUUUGUUUCGACACGCCAACGGUAUGGCCCUCUCACAAGUCGCUCUUGAGUACUGCACAUCAAGGACU